AUGGAUUUCAGCAUCGACACCAGUAGGAAUUCAACGCUUCGGACGAACUCAUCUCUGGACGAGUAUGCAGAGCCUGAUGAGCCGUACCAUAACGUGCUCCUUCCCAGCAUCUACGGCAUCAUCUGCUUCGUGGGCAUCAUCGGCAACUGCAUCGUCAUCUACACCAUCGUCAAGAAGACAAAGUUCCGGGCCCAGCAAACCGUGCCUGACAUCUUCAUCUUCAGUCUGUCCAUUGUGGACCUCCUCUUCCUUCUCGGCAUGCCUUUCCUCAUCCACCAGCUGCUUGGAAACGGGUCGUGGUGUUUCGGCGCCACCAUGUGUACGGUCAUCACCGCCCUGGACUCCAACAGCCAGACCGUGAGCACCUACAUUUUAACCGUGAUGACUCUCGACCGUUACCUAGCAACCGUUCACCCGAUCCGCUUCAACCAUGUUCGGACUCCCCGCAUGGCGGGGGUCAUGGUGGCACUUGUGUGGCUGCUGUCUCUGGUCUCCAUCACUCCCGUGUGGAUGUACGCUGGGCUGAUGCCUUUACGCGAUGGCUCGGUGGGUUGCGCCCUGCUCCUGCCCAACCCGGCGACGGACACUUACUGGUUCACGCUCUACCAGUUUGUGCUGGCUUUUGCCCUGCCGCUGGUGGUCAUCUGCGUUGUCUUCUUCAAGAUCCUGCAGAACAUGGCUGCCACUGUGGCACCACUGCCCCCACGAAACCUGCGGGUUCGGACCAGAAAGGUCAUGCGGAUGGCCGUGGCCAUCUGUCUGGCUUUUUUCAUUUGCUGGGCUCCAUACUACAUCCUACAGCUGGCCCACCUUGCCAUCCAGAGACCCAGCUUUGCUUUCCUCUACGCCUACAACAUCGCCAUUAGCAUGGGCUACGCUAACAGCUGCAUUAACCCCCUGCUCUAUAUCAUGCUGAGCGAGACUUUCAAGAGGCAGUUCAUCGUGGCCAUCCGCCCCACGCAGAGGGACUGCCGGGCUGAUCCGGGCACGGGUGACGGGAGCGUUAGUUUAAGGAUGGCACCAGAUGGUCUGCACCAAUCACAGUCCUCCAGAGAGCUGCUUCACAACAUGCUUCCCGUCACUGUGGCCGUGAACUAA